CUUUAACUCAGGCGGCUUGACUUGAGUGCACUGGUCCCCUGAAUUGUUUCCUAUUCUAGAAAAGUCUCGUUCUUUUUUCUUUACUUCUUCACGCCCACCUCCUUAACUCUGGCCAUGGCUCAGUCACUACCGACCCCGUUUACUCCAGACUGCGACUUCACUUCGCUUGAUACCCCGCGAGGGGGAAGUGGCAGCCUGUCUAUCACAGCUUUAGCCCGCUUCGAAUUCGAGGCAGGCAAAGGUAAUGAUGGGACGAAGAUUUUGAUGGUCGAGUGGGAAGACGAUGACUGGAGUCGGUCUUCAUGUCCACCCGGUGGUUCCUGGAAUGUGGAAUGGGAAGGGAAGAAGGCGGUUCUUCCAGCCGACGAAAAGACCAGCAGCAAUACUCGGCGAUUGUACUUUUUGAUACCGCCGCACGCCACUAUCCCGCCUGUGAUAACUCUUACCUACAAUCCACCGGCGUCCGCCGAUUCCUCUCAGGAGCCGAAACCGAUACAACUCAACCCGCUCCCUGCUAUCUUUCCGCCAGAACUCGGGGCGGACGGUCGAUCUGCUGGCAAGAAAGGGGUCUUGCACACAAUCUGGGCGAAAAAACGGGUGCAGGUGCUGGAGAAAGAAAUCCGCGAGGAAUCGCUGAACAACGUUGAAGGGAUUGCCUUCCACAUGGCGCUACAAGAGAAGGAGUGGAUCGAGGCCAAUUUUGGACUGGGACCGGAUUCGCAAAAGAACUCUAUCCAGAGUCAAGACCCGAAUUACCCGAUGGGACCUGCCACGCCUGUGUCGCCAAGUGUUGGCGGUAAACUUGGAGAGAAACUGCGAGGGCUCAAGCUGCAGACAAGCCAGCGGGAACUCUCUGCAGCAGAAGGAUCCCAUCUGCUUUCUCCUCAGUCCCCUGACGUUGCUGUCUCCUCGUUUAAUUCAUUCCACAGCAUUCAGCCAUCUACGACACGGUCCAAUCCAACCUCAAAUCCCCCUUCAGGAUCUGUGAAGACGGUAGCUCACUACCCCCCGGAGUCGCUCCAGGCGCAGCAGAAUGUGGGAUUUGGCGGUGGCUUUGCAUCUAUGGGCGCCAUUGCGCCCAGCGUCAGCUCCGGCUCUGAUUCUGGCGAAGAUCUUUUCGCAAAAGCAUUGAGCCCAAGGUCCCCGGACCUCCCACGGAGUCCAUUCUCGUUCAGCCCCGAAACCCUGCAUAUGUGAUCACGAACCCGUUACGUUUCUUAUGUCCCAGCAUCGUACUUUUUGCUUCAGCUCGUUAUAUAACCGUGCUAACCAGGCACCGCAUGAUUCCCCCAACCGCAUUCUGGCAUGAAACCAAUAAAAUCUCAUGGAGUCGAAGUCUCAUGUACAUAGAACAAUGA